AUGCCCACUACAAUCCUCUCCAGCACCACACGCCGUGUGCUUAUGUUGGAUAUUCCACUGCGGUUCCGUUAAAUCUGUUGAACGCGUCUUUCUCCGCGCGUCCAGAAACACGCCGGUCGGUCUGAAGCGCGUCGGAACCCAUUUGCAGCCGCUGCCUUUGUGGGUCGGCUGUGGAUUGACUUAAUGCCUCCUUUAAAAGCCCUCUUUGGGGUUUUAAGUUCAAGAAAACACCCGGACCCUUCGCCUUCUCGCCUUUGACUCUUACAGGAGAAUUAAAUGUUUAUUUUGUGGCACCGGUGGAGCGCGAGAUCUUGCCGGUUGCGGACGAUGUUCAGCGUUUUUGUAUAAAACACCUUGUCGGUAAAACUUUACCUCAGAAAACACAGUGGAUAACUUGUGCGUUUCCCCGAGAUUAUUUUGUGUAUUAUUAUUUUUUUACCUCAGAAAGUGAUGGCGGAGCGUGGGGCACGGCUGCUCGUUUUUUUCGCAAGUCUCAUCGUUCUCCGGUUCGGCGUUGCGGAUAAAGGUUCUGGCAUUCGAGGUUUUACCCCGUUCAGGUUCUCGGUCGAACCCGUCGACACGCUAGCCGUACGCGGCCUCCCCGCUGUCCUGAACUGCUCAGCCGCUAGCGACGCUCCGGUGAGGGUGGAAUGGAAGAAGGACGGGACGUUCCUGAACCUGGUGGCGGACGACCGGAAGCGGCAGCUAGUGGAUGGCUCAUUGCUCAUCAGUACGGUGGUCCACUCCAAACACAAUAAGCCUGAUGAGGGGGUGUACCAGUGCGUGGCCACCAUCGACAAUCUGGGCACCAUCAGCAGCCGAACCGCACAACUCACAGUGGCAGGACUUCCACGUUUCCUCAGUCAGCCGGAGGGCGUGUCGGUGCGCAUGGGCGGCACUGAGAUGCUGAGCUGCGAGGUGACGGAAGAGCUCGUCCCAUUCACCCGCUGGGAGAGGGAUGGUCGGCCCGUGGAGCUGGACGACAGGGUCAUACAGCUGCCCAGCGGAGCUCUGGUCAUCAGCAACGCCUCCCAGAGCGACGCCGGACUCUACCGCUGCGCCAUAGACGGCCUGGGACCGGCCAAAACCACAGAGGAGGCAGAACUACAGGUGUCUGCAGAUUCUGGUGUUGAAGAAAAACUGGAGACUCUCCAGGGCCCAGUUGCUGUGGCGAAGGUUGUCGGGGAGAGCGUGUUGUUGCCAUGCGUCAUGAAGGGAUACCCUGUGCCAAUGAUUCGCUGGACGUUUAACGACCGGCCAAUUGACGAGAGCCGUGAGCGUUUUGCUGUGAUUGGCGGGGGAAGCCUGCAGAUCAUCAACCUGACCGAAGAGGAUGCUGGGAUAUACAUCUGCCAGACGGACGGCGGCAACAUGACCAGCGAGAUCCAGGCAGAGCUCACGGUGCACGUUCCUCCACGGUUCUUGACGAGACCCUCCAACACUUACGCCCAGGAGUCCAUGGACAUCAUCUUUGAGUGUGACGUCACCGGCUCACCGCCGCCUACCGUCAAAUGGAUGAAGGAUGGAGACACGGUCAUUCCCAGUGAUUAUUUCAGGAUAGUGAAACAGCAUAACCUGCAGGUUUUGGGUUUAGUAAAAUCUGAUGAAGGUUUUUAUCAGUGUUUAGCGGAGAACGACGCCGGGAACGUCCAGGCGAGCGCUCAGCUGAUCAUACUGGAUUUAGACGUUGCCCUUCCUUCUGCUGUCCCUUCACUGACCGAUGCCACUACUGACCAUGUAGCGUCCAGCCCGGCCGAGCGCAGCGGCCCGACGCCCUCCGCCCCGCGUGAUGUCGUGGCAUCUCUGGUGUCCACCCGCUUCAUCAAGCUGACAUGGCGACUUCCUGCCGAGCCGCACGGGGAGAACAUCACCUACUCUGUGUUCUACAGUCUGGAAGGCACUAACAGGGAGCGUGUGGAGAACACCAGCGGACCGGGAGAGAUGCAGGUCACCAUCCAGAACCUCGUCCCCGACACCAAGUACACCUUUCGGGUGGUCGCGUCCAACGCUAACGGCCCGGGCGAGAGUUCCACCCCACUUACAGUGGCCACCCAGCUGGAAGUUCAGGUCCCGGGUCCGGCUCCGAAUCUGCAGGUGGUCUCUGUCAGCACUGCCUCAGUCACGCUGAGCUGGGAGAGACCCAGCACUGGAAACGGCGAGAUCCAGACCUACAAACUCUUCUACAGCGAGAAGGGACAAGACUCGGAGCAGGACAUGGACGUCACGGGUCUGUCCUACACUGUGACGGGCCUCAAGAAGUUUACAGAGUACAGUUUCAGGGUUGUGGCGUACAACAAACACGGCCCCGGCGUCUCCACUGAGGAUGUUGUGGUCCGAACGCUGUCUGACGUGCCGAGCGCUCCGCCGCAGAACCUCACUCUGGAGGUCCUGAACUCAACGAGCAUCAUGGUCCGAUGGCAGCUGCCUCCCCCUGGUACCCUGAACGGAGAGCUGACGGGGUAUAAAUUACGCUACCGGAAAGGACUCAGGAGAGCAGACACAAUAGAGAUCUCAACCACACAGCUCUUUCAGCUCAUUGACGGUCUGGAGAAGGGAAAGGUUUACACCGUGAGAGUGUCGGCCUCCACCGUGAACGGAACCGGCCCGACAACCGAGUGGAUCGCAGCCGAAACCUUCGAGAACGACCUGGACGAGUCUCAGGUUCCAGGAGUGCCGAGUUCUCUUCAUGUUCGUCCGCUGGUGAACCGAAUCGUGGUGAGCUGGACUCCUCCAGAAAACCAGGACGUUUUAGUGCGAGGUUAUAAAAUCGGAUACGGAAUCGGCAGCCCUCACGCCCACACAGUCACUCUGGAUUACAAGCAGCGUUUCUACAGCAUCGAUAACCUCGAUCCCAGUUCCCAUUACGUCAUCACCCUCAAGGCGUUCAACAACAUGGGCGAAGGCAUUCCCAUCUACAACAGCGCCACGACGAGACCUCAAUCCGACCCCAUAGACCCUGAUAUUGAUUUUUAUGAACUCUUUAAUAACCCAUACACCCCAGCACCCGACCCCACACCCAUGCUGCCCCCGGUGGGCGUUCAGGCCACCGUCCUCAGCCACGACACAGUCAAAAAGCAUCUUAUUUUACCCAGCUCUGCUCCGAAAGAUGUGACUGUGAUCAGUAAAGAGGGAAAUCCUCGAAUCAUCAACAUCAACUGGCAGCCUCCGACUGAAGCCAAUGGCAAAAUCACAGGGUACAUCAUCUACUACAGCACCGAUGUGAACGCCGAGGUCCAUGAUUGGGUGGUGGAGCCCGUGGUGGGAAACAGACUGACCCAUCAGAUAGUCAAAGUCAGCUGGGUCACAACAUACUACUUCAAGAUCCAGGCGAGAAACUCCAAAGGCAUGGGACCCAUGUCAGACGUGGCGCAGUUCCGCACCCCGAAAGCUGAGCCAUCAGACAAAAUGUCAAGUGAUCAAGGGCUGCAAGUCAAACCCGGUCACCCGACUCUACCGGAGCACGGGAUUGGAUCAAACAUGGAUAAACCAGGCAUCACGGGCAGCCAGGAGAAUCAUAUUCUGGUGAUCGUGGUGAUUGUCUCUGUUGGUGUGUUCACCAUCAUCGCUGUGGUCGUGGGGGCCGUCCUGUGCACGCGCCGCUCCAACUCCCACCAGAAAAAGAAACGUGCGGCCUGUAAGUCCAGCACCGGCUCCCACAAGUACAAGAGCUCAUCUAAAGACCUGAAACCUCCUGAUCUGUGGAUCCAUCAUGAGCGUGUGGAGCUCAAGCCCAUGGACAAAUCACCCGAGCCCAACCCGGUCAUGACAGAGACGCCCAUCCCGCGGAUCACCCAGGACCCGGCCGCUGAGCCCAGCCAUCGGAGACGGGGUCAUGAGGGGGAGGAGAGCGUGUCCACUUUGGCCGGUCGGAGGGGAGUGAGACCGAAAAUUAUGAUGCCGUUUGACUCUCAGCCUUCCCAGCCUGUGAUUAGCGCUCACCCCAUCCAUUCCCUCGAUCAUCUUCAUCACCAUCAUCAUCACUAUCACCUCCCGCCGCAUGGCUACCUUCAUCACCAGAUCGGCCUGAGAGCGCCUGCCACCCCUAGCACAUUCUCAGACAGGCCUCCGUCUGCAGAAUCUGUGAGGAAUCAGCCCCCUGCACCUGGACCUCCGGUUGCCCCCAGUCAGCCCAGCACUACAGCUGAACUGCAGAAGACAGAGGCGGUGAUCAAAGAGGAAGAGCCGCCGAGCAUAAACCCACCGACGGCCCACGUUCGGCCCACACACCCGCUCAAGAGCUUCGCUGUGCCAGCCGUCACCGUUUCCGCUCAUAACCCGCCCACCUAUGAGACCGCAUUACCCAGCACCCCUCUGCUGGCACAGCCAGUGCCAGGCGUGAAGAUGGCGUCUAUCGGGACACUAAAUCGAGUUCGAGCUCCGAUGGCAGUAACAGUCCCCAGUGCACCUGACCAAUCAGAAACCAGCAAGAUGCUGGACACGACGUAUGAGACGGAUGAACUCUCAGAGGAAAUGGCCCACCUGGAGGGUCUGAUGAAGGACCUGAACGCCAUCACCACAGGCUGAAGCGCUGCAAUCACACACGGCUGAACCGCGUCCUCAGGAACAACCAGGACAUUUGAAUGAACACUGAUCUCAGAUCAGCCUCGAGAAUGACUGAAAACGGAUCACCGCUUCAUCUUCUCCAUCCUGCAUGGCAGAGAAAUCUGUAAAACGAUGAAAACUCAAUGCCAUUUUCUCAACUCGGAUGAACCGUUCAACACAGAAAACGUGUUUUUAAUGUUUUUUGGAGGAUUGUAUUUACGUAUUCCAUAUUUUUAGCCUGUAUGUGUUUUCAUUGUGUAUAUGAUCAUUUUAGGACUUUUAUUUCUUAGGGCGAAACCUCACAUGCUCAAACAUUGGGCUUCAUUCAUGAAAUGCAAGCAGAAUAAUUUUGUGUAAAUUAUGCGCAAAGCCAUUCUUAUGUAAAUUGUUGCAUUCAAAUCAAUGCAAAAAUUGACAUAAUGAACGAUUUACACCAAAAUUUGUACAUGGAUCCAUUUUCACAUAAAUGAUGCAUUCAGAAAACCGUUAUUGCGUAAAUUGUCAAAUGGGCAUUUUUUCAGUGUCAGUAACAUCAUCUUAGUUGUUGCAUUUGAAUUGAAUGCCACGAUUUACAUAAGAGCAGUUAUUGAACAAUUUGCAAAUAAUUUACAAUUAUUUCUGUUUGCUCAUGAAUUCUCAUGAAUGUUUCAUGGACUUUUUUUGCAGUGUCUUACAUCAUGUUUAAAUGUUUCAUCUCUGGAGAGAAACCAAAAUCACUUGUCCUCAGACGCCGGUAGCAUUCAAAGUCUGAAUAUGCAUUGGAAAUUUCCACAUGGACAGACAUUUACGACCAUCUUAAUUCAGUCCCAAUCCAGUGACGUUGAUGUUUGGUGCUUCAGAAACUCCUCAAACGUGAGAAUUGUGAGAACAGAGAGCGAAUGAACCGGUUCCUCGUGUACGUUCCUCUUCCUCAGGACCCUGAUGACUGUUUUUGGGGCCCUGGAGAUUCAUCAUGAAGGAGUUUAAUGCCAAGUGACUCUCAGAUUUUUGUACUUUGAGAGGUAUAUAAAUAUAUAUACGAUGAACUGCAAAUGUUUGCUUACGUGAAUACUUUGUACACUCUCAAAAAGGACAAUUUUUAUAUAUAUAUAUUCAUCUUUCGGUUGGUUUUUAUAUGAAGAUGACACAUUGCUUUGUAAACAUUUUCCAUGUAAGUUAUGAACGGUUAAAUAUUCUGCGUUGUGUUUUCACCGUGCUGUUUAACCAAUCCCUUCUCCCAAAGAAUGAGCGAAAGAAAAUAUCAGCGACGAACUCUGCCUUGCUCGUGUACAGUUUCUCACGUCAUGAAUGUCAAUGUGGCUGUAACAAGGUCUGCUUAUGAAUACAGUUGUUGUUUGUGUUUACAAUAAUGGGGGAAGAUUUAAAAAAAAAAAAAGGAAAAAAAGAAGACACCAAACCAUGUUGUAUGGCCGGUGUACCGUCAACUGUCAUUUGCACUUUUUAUAUUUUGGAUUUGAAAUGAAUCGCUGAUGCCAUGUGAAAUAUGAACCUAUUUUAUGUAACAAUGAUGUCACAAGUAAACGGCUGGUUUCAAAGACAUUUAA